AUGGGUUCUCUUAAACAUUUAGGGUGCAGACUAAACACGCCACGGAGGACGCGAGGAGUGAGCUUGGCACAGGGGCAACCACACCCGGAGCUGGUCUCGGAUUACGAUGCUGAUUCCUCAUCCACCAACACGAGCUUCUUCACUUUCACUGGCUUUCGCAGCGAACCCAACCCUCCAGCAGGAGCUUUCAUGGUGCAGAAGGCAUCGCUCGCGGAAUUUGUAGCUCUGGGUGGUCUUGGCGUCUCCAUGGCCAGGCUCAUCUUUCAGUCAAGCUCAGUCAAUCCCCCCCACAUCCAUCCCCGGGCCUCGGAGCUCCUCUUGGUUUUAGAGGGCUCUCUCACUGUUGGCCUGGUGGACACCACCAACAAGCUCUUCGUCCAGAAGCUCGAGACAGGCGAUGCAUUCGUGUUUCCGAAGGGUCUCGUCCACUUCCAAUUCAACGAUGGACAGUAUGCAACGAAGGCCAUCUCGGCGUUUGGGAGCUCCAAUGCUGGCACUGUUUCCAUCCCUGCCACCAUCUUUGCAUCAGGCAUCGACGAUCAAGUUUUAAGCAAGGCCUUCAAGGUGAACACAGAGACCAUCAAGACACUCAAGAAUGCCCUCACAGGAAAGAGAACUGCAAAGAAAAGUGUGAGGAAAACUGGGAAGAAGUACUGA